CCGGAGAAGGAAGCGCGGGUCCCGCAUGAGCGCCGGCGGUGGCGGCAGCGAAAGGGAACGAGGCGGUGGCGGGCGGAGGCGGCGGGUGAGGGCUGCGACGACCAGUGAAGCGGCUGCUGCUGCUGCUGCGGGGGCCGCAGCCCAGGCGCGGGGGCGACGACAGGUUAAAAAUCUGUAAGAGCCUGAUUUUAGAAUUCACCAGCUCCUCAGAAGUUUGGCGAAAUAUGAGUUAUUAAACCUACGCUCAGAUCAAGUUAGCAGCUAGACUGGUGUGACAACCUGUUUUUAAUCAGUGACUCAGAGCUGUGAUCACCCUGAUGUCACCGAAUGGCCACAGCUUGUAAAAGUGCCAGCAGGUUUAUUUUUUGUUUUGCAAGCCUGCUCUGCCUCCUUACAGUAUGACAUCUGAUGCUGGAGGGUCGCACUUUCAAAAAUGAGUCAGCUGGUACAUGGGGUUAUCAUCACUUUUUAGCUCUUCUGUCUGAGAGAUACAAGUUUGGAAGCAAUCUUGGGGUACUUACCCACAAGGCUGGUGGAGACCAGAUCAUCAGGAGAACCUCAGUCUGACGACAUUGAAGCUAGCCGAAUGAAGCGAGCAGCUGCAAAACAUCUAAUAGAACGCUACUACCACCAGUUAACUGAGGGCUGUGGAAAUGAGGCCUGCACGAAUGAGUUUUGUGCUUCCUGUCCAACUUUUCGUCGUAUGGAUAACAAUGCAGCAGCUAUUAAAGCCCUUGAGCUUUAUAAGAUUAAUGCAAAACUCUGUGAUCCUCAUCCCUCCAAGAAAGGAGCAAGCUCAGCUUACCUUGAAAACUCUAAAGGUGCCCCUAACAACUGCUCUGACAUGAAAAUGAACAAGAAGGAUGGACAAGGAGCACGAGAUGAUUUUAAAGAUGUGACUUACCUAACAGAAGAGACGGUAUAUGAAAUUCUAGAAUUAUGUAGAGAGAGGGAGGAUUAUUCCCCUUUAAUUCGUGUUAUUGGAAGAGUUUUUUCUAGUGCUGAGGCAUUGGUACAAAGCUUUCGGAAAGUCAAACAACACACCAAGGAAGAACUGAAAUCUCUUCAAGGAAAGGAUGAAGACAAAGAUGAAGAUGAAAAGGAAAAAGCUGCAUGUUCUGCUGCAGCUAUGGAAGAAGAUUCAGAAGCAUCUUCCUCAAGGAUAAGUGAUAGCUCACAAGGAGAUAACAACUUACAAAAAUUAGGUCCUGACGAUGUGUCUGUGGAUAUUGAGGCCAUUAGAAGGGUCUACACCAGAUUGCUCUCUAAUGAAAAAAUAGAAACUGCCUUUCUCAAUGCACUUGUGUAUUUGUCACCUAAUGUGGAAUGUGACUUGACAUAUCACAAUGUAUACUCCCGAGAUCCUAAUUAUCUGAAUUUAUUCAUUAUUGUCAUGGAGAAUAGAAAUCUCCACAGUCCUGAAUAUCUGGAAAUGGCUUUGCCACUGUUUUGCAAAGCAAUGAGUAAGCUACCCCUUGCAGCCCAAGGAAAACUGGUCAGACUGUGGUCUAAAUACAGCGCAGACCAGAUUCGGAGAAUGAUGGAAACGUUUCAACAGCUUAUUACAUACAAAGUCAUAAGCACUGACUUUAACAAUCGAAAUCUAGUGAACGAUGAUGAUGCUAUUGUUGCUGCUUCCAAGUGCUUGAAAAUGGUUUACUAUGCAAAUGUAGUGGGAGGGGAAGUGGACACAAAUCAUAAUGAAGAAGAUGAUGAAGAGCCCAUUCCUGAGUCCAGUGAAUUGACACUUCAGGAGCUAUUGGGAGAAGAAAGAAGGAACAAGAAAGGUCCUCGAGUGGACCCACUAGAAACUGAACUUGCUGUUAAAACUCUGGAUUGUCGAAAACCACUUAUCCCUUUUGAAGAGUUUAUUAAUGAACCACUGAAUGAUGUUCUAGAAAUGGAUAAAGAUUAUACUUUUUUCAAAGUAGAAACAGAGAACAAAUUCUCUUUUAUGACAUGUCCCUUUAUAUUGAAUGCUGUCACAAAGAAUUUGGGAUUGUAUUAUGACAAUAGAAUUCGCAUGUACAGUGAACGAAGAAUCACUGUUCUCUACAGCUUAGUUCAAGGACAGCAGUUGAAUCCAUAUUUGAGACUCAAAGUCAGACGUGACCAUAUCAUAGAUGAUGCCCUCGUCCGGCUAGAGAUGAUCGCUAUGGAAAAUCCUGCAGACUUGAAGAAACAGUUGUAUGUGGAAUUUGAAGGAGAACAAGGAGUUGAUGAGGGAGGUGUUUCCAAAGAAUUUUUUCAGCUGGUUGUGGAGGAAAUCUUCAAUCCAGAUAUUGGUAUGUUCACAUAUGAUGAAUCUACAAAAUUGUUUUGGUUUAAUCCAUCCUCUUUUGAAACUGAGGGUCAGUUCACUCUGAUUGGCAUAGUACUGGGUCUGGCUAUUUACAAUAACUGUAUACUGGAUGUACAUUUUCCCAUGGUUGUCUACAGGAAACUAAUGGGGAAAAAAGGAACUUUUCUUGACCUGGGAGACUCUCACCCUGUUCUAUAUCAGAGUUUAAAAGACUUACUGGAGUAUGAAGGGAAUGUGGAAGAUGAUAUGAUGAUCACUUUCCAGAUAUCUCAGACGGAUCUUUUUGGUAAUCCAAUGAUGUAUGAUCUAAAGGAAAAUGGUGAUAAAAUUCCAAUUACAAAUGAAAACAGGAAGGAAUUUGUCAAUCUCUAUUCUGACUACAUUCUCAAUAAAUCAGUAGAAAAACAGUUCAAGGCUUUUCGGAGAGGUUUUCAUAUGGUGACCAAUGAAUCUCCUUUAAAGUACUUAUUCAGACCAGAGGAAAUUGAAUUGCUUAUAUGUGGAAGCCGGAAUCUAGAUUUCCAAGCACUAGAAGAAACUACAGAAUAUGACGGUGGCUAUACCAGGGACUCUGUUGUGAUUAGGGAGUUCUGGGAAAUCGUUCAUUCAUUUACAGAUGAGCAGAAAAGACUCUUCUUGCAGUUUACAACGGGCACAGACAGGGCACCUGUGGGCGGACUAGGAAAAUUAAAGAUGAUUAUAGCCAAAAAUGGCCCAGACACAGAAAGGUUACCUACAUCUCAUACUUGCUUUAAUGUCCUUUUACUUCCGGAAUAUUCAAGCAAAGAAAAACUUAAAGAGAGAUUGUUGAAGGCCAUCACUUAUGCCAAAGGAUUUGGCAUGCUGUAAAAAACAAAAAAAAGGGGGGGGGGAGAAAAAAAUUUAAAAUUUUAAUAAAUAUAACAAGAGGGAUAAAAUUGGUGGUGAUAGUGACCCAGUACAAAAAGGCUGUAAAAUAGUGAACCACAGUAGUCACCUAUGUCUGUGCCUCCCUUCUUUAUUGGGGAUAUGUGGGCUGGAACAGCAGAUUUCAGCUACUUAUAUGAACAAAUCCUUUAUUAUUAUUAUUAUUUUAUUUUAUUUUUUUGCGUGAAAGUGUUACUUUUUCUUUCACUUGUAUGUACAGAGAGGUUUUUCUGAAUAUUUAUUUUAAGGGUUAAAUCACUUUUGCUUGUGUUUAUUACUGCUUGAGGUUGAGCCUUUUUGCAUAUUUAAAAAAUAUAUACCAACAAACUACUCUCCCAAGGAAAAUAUUGCCACCAUUUGUAGACCAUGUAACCUUCAAGUAUGUGCUAUUUUUUUUUGUCCCUGUAUCUAACUCAAAUCAGGAGCUGUAUUUUUUUUUUAAACAAUUUGCUUUUGAAACUUGAAGUCUUGAAAACAGUGUGAUGCAGUUGCUGCUGUUCUAGUCCCCAAAGAGUUUUCUGUGCAAAAUCUUAAAAUCAAUAAAGAUGGAAGGGAGAACUUGGAAUGUUUAACUGCAGCCCUCAGAACUUUACUUUAGUAACAGCACAACGAAUUAAAAACAACUCAUGCCACAGUAUGUCGUCUUCAUGUGUCUUGCAAUGAACUGUUUCAGUAGCCAAUCCUCUUUCUUAGUAUAUGGAAGGACAGGGAUUUGUUGUUGUCGUCACUGUUGUUGUUGUUGUUGUUGUUGUUUUAAGUUUACUGGGGAAAAGUGCAUUUGGCCAAAAGAAAUGGUAGUCAAACCCUUUGCAAGAAAGGUAGGAAGUUUGUUGUUUAUUAUAAACAUAAAGCAUGUGAAAGUGCACUUAAAAUAAAUUUUUUAUUAAUUGCUUAUUACCCGCAUUUUAAAUAGACAAUCCAAAGUCUUCCCUUCAUGUUGCCAUCAUCUUAUCUAAUCAGCCAUUUUAUCAAGGCACAUGAUCAGUGUUGGAACAUAAUGGAAAGGAUGGCUACUGUGCCUUGUUUUACCUAAUCAUACAGUAAGCAGAGACCUGGAAGUGAAUGGAACUAUUACUCUUUAGUCCUAUUUACAUUGUCUAUCCCCAAAGAUUAAAGUUUAUUUCAAAAAGUAAGUGUUAAAUAAUACUUUCAUGUACUAUGGAAAAGUACAGGUUGGUUUAAAUUACUGGACAUUCAGAAGUAAGUAGUUUCUUCCCCUUUCUAGUCUUCUGUGUCUGUGUUGUUAAUUUCUUUUAUUGCAAUAUAAAAUAAAAGGAUUAUGUAUUUUUAACUGAAAAGAGACAUAUUGAUAUAUCCUUUUACUACAAGUUACAGCUAAUGUGCUGAGCUUGUGCCUCGAUGAUUGUUUUAACUGACUAUGACAGAUCAAUUUGAUGAUUUGUUUGAAAUUGGCAGGAAAAAUACAGCUUUCAAAUCAUUGGAGGGGGAAAGAGGAUGUCUUUAAGAAUUAUUUUAAUUCUUUUAGUAAUUGAGACUUAACUGUUAUGUACCAUAAUGCUAAAUAAAAGUGACAUUUUUCACCAUAAUUUAGUGGAAAAAGAAGACAUUGCUUUCCAUAUUGUGAUAAAGUAACAUGGGGUUUUUCUGGGCCAGCCUUUAGAACACUGUUAACGUAUGUACACUGCCUUGAUGCAAGGGACCCUCAUGCUACUACAGUCAUCUUAAAAGGCCUCUCUCUCAUUCUUGUGCUUCUUGUGUAUAAUGAAAGUGAGAAUAAGAGAAAUCAAAUACUCUGGGGGCGUUUUGUAUAAUAAAUUCAUGAAGAAAUUUGUGUUCUUUGGUUCUCAAGUUUUAUUAUCACUACAGUAUUGAAGUUCUACAGUUGUAAUAAUAUCUGUGUGAAGUUUUUGAAUAGUAAUUGAGUAUAGGUUAUCAGACAUGGAAUUCACAUCAAAUAGACUUUUAACAAACAGUUGAAAAUAAACCUACCCUUGAAAAUAUUUUAAGAGAAAAAUUCAUUGGUUGUCUAGACUAAUUGCUCUCACUUGCUUAGUAACUAAUUAUCCUGGGCAUGUUACCACUUCUUUUUAUCAUUGCCUCCUUUUCACUACUGUUUACAAAAUGUCACGGAACAAUAUCUUUAGGAAGAGGAAAAAAAAUAGAAAUUUUAACUGUAGUAGAUAUCUACCCCAGAUGUCAUGUUAUAAAGUACUCUUUUGCCUGGAUAAGCAGGAAGCUCUGGAGGAAAUAAAGAACCAUAAACUAAAGUAAUUGGUUUUCCAAAUAAAAUACAAAUUUUCUCUUAUAUAUCAUUGUUACUCAGUAUUUCAAACAUACAAUAAAAACACGGCCUGUAGCCAAACUUUUCUGGAGCCUGGCCGCUUCAGCAAAUUGAGUUGGAUUUCCUCCCCUAUAUACUUUCCUGGGCUGUGCUUAGUUGUGUGAUUAAAAAAAAAACACGGCCUGUAGCCAAACUUUUCUGGAGCCCGGCUGCUUCAGCAAAUUGAGUUGGAUUUCCUCCCCUAUAUACUUUCCUGGGCUGUGCUUAGUUUUGUGAUAAAAUCCAGUGACAACUUCCCUAGCUUUAUUUUGGGAUACAUACCUAAGCAGGGAGAUACACGAAAUGAGGCUUCAAACAGAACUUGCUGAUGGUAUUCAUUUCCCCAUUGGCACAGGUCCAUCUUAUUAGAAAAGACAUGAUUGUAACCUGGCAACAUGACUCCCUGUUCCCAUAAUACCAUGACUGUGCUGGGAUUUCAGGCCCCUUUAAGGGGUUUUCUCAAGAAUUUCAUUCAAACUGUCAUUGGAAGGAGUGUCUUCCCAAGGCUGCUCUCUGUAGUCAUGCUCCCCUUACCUGUUUACCUUAAAUUUCUUUUUUGACCUUCCACUGGCUUCUAAGGACCAUCUUUACCCUCCCUACCCCUUCCCUGAGCCGCCAGAGAAUUCAAAGCACAGCUUCCUCUGGCUCUCUCUCUUGUUGUCUUUUACCCACAGUGUUAGUGUAUAAUUUCCUGGGGAGGCUAGAGAGUGUUACUAGUGCAGAGUCUCGAGACUUUUUCUUUUCCCCUAUUCAAAUCCAGUAGUUGACUUUUGUUAACCACUGUAGGAAGAUUUUGGUGCAGAUGUGUCCCUGUGAGAAAUGCUGCUAAACUAUUGCUGUGCCACUAAAAAUGCUUUCCUGAAAGAUACUCAUAGCCUCCUACUUGCCAGUGAGAACUCCAGUAACCUUGGCAGCACCCUGAACUUGGUUCAUCUGCUACUGUCCUUUUUUCAGUUGGAUGGAUACUACUAUAAUUGUAAAGUUCUGGUCUGUACCUGCCCAAUUCUGUCUGUUAUUCCUCCACCACUCAAAAAGAUUCUUCCUCAAAUCCAUGUCUUCUGCUCAGUCUCUAUCCCCAGAAUAUCUUUCUGGUACCUCAAAAUCAAUGCACUUAAAAAUGAAACUCUUAUGUCUGUACCUACCAUUUAUUGUUUCUUCCUUAAAAGCAUCAUUUUCAACUCAGAAUCCCUCAUCCCUCAGUUAUCACUGCUUGUAUCAUUUCUUUCCCCCUCCAUCCUUCAACAUACUUCCUUUCAGCCCCUGAUCCUCUGACUCCCCUGGAUGCUGUUAGUAGCUUCCUAACUCAUCUGCCUGACUAACGUCCUCUUGCAUUCUUUUUUGUUCUGCCAAAACACAAUUUUGCUAAUUUAAAUAUCCUUUCCUUCAAAACUUGUUCCCCUUUGAAUAAAUCUGCAAGCCUGCAUCCAAAACCCUCCAUAGGCUCAGCCCCACCUCCUUUUCCAAUUUUACCAUCAGUUACAGGCAUGUCUCCCUGCGUCCCCACCCACAUCUUAUUUACCAUCAGUUACAGGCAUGUCUCCCUGCAUCCCCACCCACAUCUUAGCACGCUGUGCUUAAUUAUUUCAUAUUUCUCAAGUAACCUUGAAGGCCAAAAUUUUAAAAGCGCCUCACGCAUAAAGACUUCAUCAACCCCCAGAGUGCCUCUGUAACCUAACAGCACCCCAAACUUCCAUGGUAGUACAUGCAUGGUUGGGCACAUCGAACAGUGAGGAAUCACUGGGAUUUUUCUUUUUUUCCCAUAAUCAUUACCUGAUGUGGGCAGAUUCAUGGGGAAGAUUGUUUAUCUUUGUGCCUCUGCCAUGUAGUAGUUGCAUAAUAACUUUGUUAAAGGAUUAGCUCUAUUUUUCCACUAGCUUGUCAAUCACUACCUGAUGAAUGAUUGAAAAUGACUCAGUGUGCCAUAGAAUGUUCAAUGAAGCUUCUCUUUUUUCCACUAAAGAUGGCCUCAGUCUCCUCCCUCCUCCCCCAAAAAGGUUUUUAUUUUAAAUAUUUGAAUAUUUAGUGGCUAAAGAACUUGCUCUUGGAGGAAGUGGCUCCCCAGAAUAACCGGCUCUGUCAUUUCAGCCUGUGAAACUGUAGGUUACUAAGAGGGGAAGGAUGAAAAGAACAAAGUCCUUGAAGGCAAGAUUUUCCUGCUUUAUGGAUGUGCUCUGGCAACCAGGAGCCUCUGUGCAGCCAGCCUCUGUGGCUACACUCCUCUCCCAGUGGAGAUGGGAGCGGGUGUCUUACACCAUCCUGCUGUUGCCAAACCCUCACAUCAAGGAGCUAUUCUUUGCUAAAUACUGUGUUUUUUAUACUAAAUGAAGCACUCACCAUGAUGAAUACCUGUUUUGCCAGAACCUUAUAACCAUUGCUACAAAUUGACCCUUAAAUCAGGAUUCUUAUGUUCAGCUGAACAGGAUCGGGAAUAAUUAUCCUAUCUUCCAGUCUCCAGGAAACCAUAGAAAAUGUGAUGGGCAUGUGUCUAGUAAAUAGUGCACAGAUUGAGGGCACAACCUUCAGAGUUGGAUGACUGGGUCUCAGUCCUGGCUCUGCCCUUCCUUCAGCUUGGAUUAUCAUAUCCAAGACUCAGUGAAGUUGAGAUACAGAUGCUAGGCAACCUGUUGCAAGACAGAAAAGGGAAUCCAUUGAGAGGCUGGAGAUGCUUGUAGCGAUUUCUUUUGCAGGAGUUGACCCUCAUCUACCUCAAAAAGGAGGAGGGGUGUUUUCCCUCAUCUUUGUUUUUUUAAUUAAGAUAAUUCACAUAAUAAAAUUCACCCCUUUAAGGUAUAUAAUUAGUGGCUCUUAGAAUAUUCACAAGAUUGUGCAAGCAUCACAUAUAAUUCCAGAGCAUCUUCAUCACUGCAAAAAAAGAAAAAAAUCUUGUACCCAUUGAAAGUGUCUCUCCCCGCUCUCCAAGUGCUAACCACUAAUCUACUUACCUACUUUUUGUCUAUAGAUUUGCCAAUUUUGGAUAUUCCAUAUCAAUAGAAUCAUACAACAUGUGGCCUUUUGUGUCUAGCUUUUUUCACUUAGAACAAUGUUUUCAAGGUGCAUCUAUGUUGCAGUAUGUUUCAGCACUUCAUUUCUUUUUAUAGCUGAAUAAUAUUAUAUUGCUAUACCAUAUUUUUGUUCAUUUGGUAGAUAUUUGUGUAGUUUUCACUGUUUGGCUAAUAAGUACUACAACCAUGAACAUUGUGUACAAGUUUUUAUGUGGACAUAAGCUUUCAUUUCUUUUGACUAUGUACACAGGAGUGAAUUCCUGGGUCAUAUGCCCAAUCCUUUCAAGGAACUGCCAACUGUUUUCCAACGUGGCUGCACUAUUUUACAUUCCCACCAGCAACUUGAGUUCUUAUUCCUCCACAUCCUGGCCAACACAUAUUAUCUGACUUUGAUUCCAGCCGUCCUAGUGGGAGUGAAGCGAUAUCUCAGUUUUGAUUUGCAUUUUCCUAAUGACUAAUGAUGUUGAGCAUCUUUUCAUGUGCUUUUGGCUGUUUUAUCAUCUUUAGAGACAUGUUUAUUCAGAACAUUUCCCCAAUUUUUGAUUGAGUUGUCUUUUUAUUAUUGAGUUGUUUAAUUUUGAUGCAAGUCCCUUACCAGAUAAGUUAUUUGCAAAUAUUUUAUCCCAUCCUUUGGAUAGUAUUUUCACUUUAUUGAUGGUGUUCUUUGAAGUACAAAAGACUUUAAUUUUGGUGAUGUCCAAAUUAUCUAUUUUUUCUUUUGUUGCUUGUGCUUUUGGUGUCAUAUCUUAAAGAAUCAUAUGUGUCUUGUAGUUUUAGCUCCUAUAUUUAGAUCUUUAAUACAUUUUUGCAUAUGGUGCCUUGUAGGAGUCUAGCUUCAUUUUUUGGCAUGUGGAUAUCCAAUUGUCCAGGCACCAGUUGUUGAAAGACUUACUUCCCUGUGAAUAGUGUUGGCACCCUUAUGGAGAAAUAAUUGACCGUAAAUAUAAGACUUUAUUUCUGGACUCUCAAUUUCAUUCCAUUGACCUAUAUGUCAGUCCUUAUGCCAGUACUACAUUGUCUUGAUUACUGUAGCUUUGUAGUAAGUUUUGAAUUUGGGAUGUGUGAAUCUUCUAACUUUGUUCUUUUUCAAGGUCAUUUUGGCUAUUAUGGGUGCCUUGCAGUUCCAUGUGAAUCCUGGGGUCAGCUUAUCAGUUUCUACAAAACAGGCAGCUAGGAUUUUGAUAAGGAUUGUGUUGAAUCUGUAAAUAGAUAUGGGGGAUAUCGCUAAUUUGACAAUAUAAAGGUAUUCAGUUCAUGAACAUGGAUGUCUUUGCAUUUAUUAAGGUCUUUAAUUUUUUCAUUGAUGUUUCAUAGAUUUCAGUGUACAAGUCUUGGUUUCUUUGGUUAAAUAUUUUCCUAAGUAUUUUAUUCUUUUUGUUCUUUUGGAUUUUAUAUAUACAAGAUCAUGCACCUGCCAAAUAGAAAUAGUUUGACUUCUUCCCUUUCACUCUGGGUUCUUUUUAUUUCUUUCUUUUCUAAGUGCCCUGGCUAGCACCUCUAGUACAAUAUUGAAUGGAAGUGGCAAGAACAGAUAUCUUUAUCUUAGUCCUGAUUUUAUGAGGAAAGCAUUUAAUCUUUCACCAUUGAGUGUGAUGCUAACGGUAGGUUUUUCAUAGCUGCUUCAGGUUGAGGAAAUUUUCCUUCCCUUUCUAGUUUGUUGAGUGUUUUUUCUCAAGAAAGGAUAUUAGAUUUUGUCAGAUGUUUCUUCUGCUUCUGUUAAGAUGGUCAUGUGGGUUUUGCCCUUUAUCACAUUGAUGGAUUUUGGUAUGUUGUACCAACCCUGCAUUCAUGGGGUUAUCCUACAGGUCCAUGGUACACAAACCUUCUAAUAUGCUGCUGGGUUUGGUUUGUUUGUAUUUUGUUCAGAAUAUUGCCGAAUAAAGGGCACAUUUACCAAUGA